GUGCCCGUGUGCAACUCCGACUACAGUCGGGGCGAGAUCUGGCCGCUGCACGUCGUAAGCGCGCCCGCAUCGCUGGCCUUCGCGGCCUGGUGCGUCCAUGUGCGGGGGCGCUUCGAGGGCGGCUCGCCCCUGCACGCGUGGACGGCGCGCUUCGGGGUGUGCGCGGCGCUCCACGGGGCCAGCCUGCUGGUCUUCCCAGGGCUCACGUGCGGCCUGGCCACCCUGACCUACGCGGACUGGCAGCUCAAGGUCAGCCUCGGUCUGGCCACCCUGACCUACUACGCCACAGUCUUCGUGCAGUGGCACCUCCUGCUCCUGAGGCUUAUUCAUAAUCCAACCCACCUUAGCCUUGAUCGCCAUCAUCUCCUUCACGCCCACGCCCGCGCACGCGCUUUAUCGCGGCCGUCAGCACUGCUUCCAUCGCUGCGGAGCGCCAAGCCGUCGGGCGCGCCUCGCGCGCCGAAUGGUGGAUCUUGUAAACCGUUCGGCGCGCUUCGCGCGCCGAAUGGUGGCUAUUGUAAACCGUUUAGCGCGUCGCGCGCGGGGAUGGUG